AAUGAUCAAACACGGAAGUACAAAAUUGGACAAACAAAAAGCUUAGCUAGGAAAAGAGAACAUUUAGAUCAAUAAAAGCGCUGAACGAAAGGAAAUAUAGCUACUUCUUCAAGAUUUAUGCGAAAGAAAAUACAACUAAAUUAUAGUAAAUGUAUUGCUAGAUAGCAAUGGAUAUCGGUAUUAAGUUUAUCUUCUGCACGGAUAGCUAACGUUAACGGUACCUUUAGCUAGAAAAAUAGAUAGCCCGCUAUUUUGAAACAAACUUGCUGAUAUAACUUACAUUGUCAAGAGGACUAACUAGCUCUAUGGUUUGUUAAUUGUUACGAUAAUUAUCCUUUCACCACGUUAUUAAUCUGCCAACGUUACCUUGCUAAAUAUUUUAAGGGGCUAGCCAAGUUAAGAUAGUUGUAAUGACUGCUGCAGUGUUUUUUGGUUGUGCUUUCAUUGCGUUUGGGCCAGCGUUUUCCCUUUUUAUUUUCACUAUCGCCAAAGACCCAUUGCGAGUCAUCAUUCUAAUUGCAGGGUAAGCUAUUAUGUUGUUGACAACUUGUGGAUUUGGUAUUUAAAGUUUGUUUGACAAAUAAUAAUAGACCUAGAUCAGUGGUUCCAAACUGAUAAAAAUAAAUAAAAGGAAUUUCGAAAUUGUGUAGUGCAUUGAUCAAGGGCCAUUUGCUGUAGUAAUUUGCGAUAAGAAUAAUGGUCACCUAAAUGUUUCCCUAAUUAUUAACCCUAUAAUUACAUCCAUAAGUACAUAAACACUCUUUUGAAAAAAGUAUGUUAAAUUUGCCAUGAUACGUUUUUGGAAGCUAGUUAGUGAAAUGUUCACUGGUGUGCUUCAUUGCAUCAACAAUGGCAACUGUUUCUCUUUCUCUCUCCAGGGCCUUCUUCUGGCUGGUGUCCUUACUGCUGUCCUCUCUGGUGUGGUUCAUAGCCACAAAGGCCACCAAUGCCCAGGACCUGACCCUGCAGAAAGACUUGCUCAUAUUUGGCUGCAUGUUCUCGGUCAUACUGCAGGAGGUGUUCCGCUUCGCGUACUACAGGCUGCUCAGGUCAGUACACACACACACACACACAUCUCAUUCUCUUGCUGUCUUUAUCAUGCUGUCUCUCUGUCUGUCUCUCUCUCUCUCUCUGUCUCUGUCUGUCUCUGUCUGUGUGUGUGUGUGAACUAAAAUAAAAACGGAAAUAUUUACUACACAACAAACACGAGGAUAAAAAAAAAAUAAAAAAAAAACUGAACGACUAAAAAGCACCCUAAGGAAAGGUAAAGCUAAAAAUGUGUGUUUUUAAGAUCUCUUUUAAAAAUGUCCACAGUUUCGGCCCCCCUUACGUUCUCUGGCAGGCUAUUCCAGAGGCUGGGGGCAUAGUAACUAAAGGCUGCCUCUCCAUGCCUCUUGGUCCUAGGCUUUGGGAUAAUUAAAAGGCCAGUGCCAGAGGACGUGAGGGACCUACUGGGUACACAACUUAAAAGCAUGUCUGACAUGUAUUGAGGUGCACAAUCGUGGAAUCUUAAAUAAUCUUAAAAUUAAUUCUAAAACUCACAGGCAACCAGUACAGAGACCUUAAAACCGGUGUAAUGUGUGCUCUCCGUCUGGUCUUGGUCAGUACCCGUGCUGCUGCAUUCUCUAUGUUUAGCAGUUGACCAAUGGCUUUCUUAGGUAGACCAGACAGGAGAGCAUUACAGUAGUCAAGCCUGCUUGUAAUAAAAGCAUGGAUGAGUCUCUCUGUAUCAGCCUGAGAGAGAAAAGGCCACAACUUGGCAAUGUUCCUCAGGUGGUAAAAAGCUAUUUUGUUCACAUUCCUAAUGUGUGAUUCGAUAUUGAGUUCAGAAUCUAUAGGUUUUUUUACCUGGUGUUUUUAUCUUUAUUGCCCGUUAAUUCAAAUGUGCGGACAGAUUCUCUCUGUGCUUUGGCUCCAACAAUAAGUACCUCGGUCUUGUCUUGAUUCAGCUGCUCACUAUAAGUCUGCUGCAGAGAGACGAGAGAGCAUGAGCAAAUUAGUUUUGAUCCGACAUGGAAAUAAGUGUUGAAAACAUGUUGGCUAGUUAUUUAAAAAGAUGGAGAACAAGCGAUAGGAUGAAAAAUACUGGCAUUUUGGUGCCGGUACAACCGAAUAGCGCUAGCUAAUGCUACCUACAGCAGCGUUAGCUACUUGGAGUCAAAUAUUGAUAUAAUAUCACCCCCCAAAAUAAUAUUGUGAUAUGUAACAGUAUAGAUUUUUUGCCCCAUCACUAUGACUUAACAGGCCUGCCCAAGUAUCAAUGUCCCUAGUUAAUGUACAACCAGGGGAGUAUUCACUAGGAAGCAAACAGGCUGAAACGGGGAGGGACUUACUUGAAUUUGUCCAAUAAACACUUAUUUUUGUUUUGCUACGCUUUGCGUGACCAGGGAUGAGGAAGCUGUAGUGCAUUAUACAUGUUAGCAUCUUUGCCAUUUUACAGCAUCUAAAGUUAUGGGUUUGUCAUAAAUCCUGUACAGUGUGACUUCUAAAGGGAGAAUUCUCAGAUUCAGUGUUGAACAGUCACAUGUACAGGGUUGCAGGUGUGAUUGCAGGGUAGUGUGAAAAUCUUAGGCUUUGAGUUCCAACAUGCAGGACUGAAGUAUAAAUCUGCAAUGUUUUAUCGGAGUUGGAGGCGAGGCGCCAUACUUGGCCAUCUCUGACUACAAAGUAAAUACUAAUCAGUACAAGUAGGCUACGUUGCUACUUUUUCAGAACACAAAAACACUGAUAUUUUGUGAUAAAGUUUCCACUGUGUUAUUGCUAUUAACAUCUUCUUUCCACUGUAUCAUCAGGAAGGCAAAUGAAGGACUGGCAGCCAUCAGUGAAGAAGACGGCCCACCCCUUUCAGUCCGAGAAAUGGCCUAUGGUAUACCAUCAUCUUUACUUUACUUGUAUUUUAUUUAACAUAUUAAUUACUUCAUUAACUGAUUUAAAUAUAUGUGACAGAUUGUGUAUAGAUACAGAGCUAUCAUCUUACCUUUUACUUGAUUUAAGAACAUAUCCUCUUUAUGUGGACAGUUCAGAGUUGUAUUACCACUGUGGGCCAAUCAGAUAUGAUGUGGAAGCGCAUGUAGCCUAUCAUUGUCCUCGGAAUGUUAGGUGAUAUGAAUUUGACUAAUCCUCUGGCUGGUGCUCAACAGUGAGAGCACUGAACUAAUCUGACCCUCUACUACUGUGCCUGUUGCCAGGUGAACCCAGGCAAAGCUUCAUGACCAUACUAAACUCAAUUAAACCACAAUAUUAAGUAUUUGUCCUUUCAUUUCAUGCACAUAGGUGGUCCUCUGUAGCUCAAUUGGUAGAGCAUGGCGCUUGUAACGCCAGGGUAGUGGGUUCGAUCCCUGGGACCACCCAUACGUAAAAAUUUAUGCACACAUGACUGUAAGUCGCUUUGGAUAAAAGCGUCUGCUAAAUGGCAUAUUAUUAUAUUAUUAUCUGUGUGGUUCUUUAACUGAACAGCUAAUAUGGUUACUUUUAGGGCAGACUUUCUAAGGAAAUGGCAAUGGCCAGUAUUUAUGGACAUGUACUUUGGCAUUGAGGCAUAAAGUGAGUCAGUGUAAGAUUUUAAAUGUCUCUUCUCUAAUCAGAUCUUUGUGUUGUUAGCACAAUAAAACCUACCUAAGCCUGUAUAUGCCCUGUUGAUGUGCAAUCACUUUGAGACCUGCAAGACACCGCUGAGGUGAAAUGUCAGUUGGAGCUUACUGUAGUGAACAUUAUUGUCGGUGUGGUUUUAGAUAUGAUUUUAAGCAUUUUAGUCAUCAACAUUGAGAAUGUAUUUAUUUUUUCCAGAAUAGGAAGAUUUAAUCCUGCAAGAAACUCUAAAAGCUCUAGAUCGACAACUUGAUGAAAAUGUCAUAAAAAUAGUCAAAUAAUUUUAAUUAUAUACUGCAUGUCAAGUCAUUGACUGUGAUGUUGACUAUGUAGGCCUAGCAGUUGACUGUGCUGAUGUUGACUAUGUAGGCCUAGUAGUUGACUGUAGUGAUGUUGACUGUAGUGAUGUUGACUGUAGUGAUGUUGACUAUGUAGGCCUAGCAGUUGACUGUGAGGAUGUUGACUAUGUAGGCCUAGCAGUUGACUGUUUGUCUAUCUCUACAGUGUCUGGACUGGGCUUUGGCAUCAUGAGCGGAGCCUUCUCCAUGAUCAACACCCUCUCUGACUCUCUGGGCCCAGGGACAGUGGGCCUGUUUGGAGACUCUCAGUACUACUUCAUCACCUCAGGUGUGUGUCUGUCCGUCUGUCAGGGUUCGCACAAGGUGCUUAAAGUACUUGAAUUUGGCACACUGAAAAAGUACUGGAAUACCUUCAAAAUCAGACAUUUUCUCAAGUUGGUACUUCAAAUGUAAUUUAAUAAAAACGAGGAGAACAGAAAAUGAUCAUAUGUUAAUAUGAAAAAUAUUAGAAAAAUGUAUUGGUCUUACUGAUUAAUUUCCAGGCAGAUUUCCGAGUUUUAUUUCCUCACGUGUUUCGCACUCUGGUUGUCAGGCAAGCAUGCUCAUUCCACUCACACUGCCACUCAGCCAGGCAGGUACAGAACUUACUGAUUAGGCGCCGGUAGCUAAAAUACAAAUGUAGAUUCAAUCUUGCAUUUUGUGCGUGUGGAAAGUUUCUGGGAUAAUUUAUUUCAGCUCAUGAAACAUGGGACCAACACUUUACAUGUUGCGUUUUGAUAUUUUUGUUCAGUUUAGUUUACUCACCUUUUUUUUAUCAUUGCGCCCGCGAUAUUCCGCUUUAUCAAGCGGCAGCCGUGCUCCUGCCAUUCUGGUGGCCGUUCAUGUGCAGUUUUCCUCACACAGCUCACACAGCCCACCCGCCCUUCUCCCGACCGGCGACACAAAAGCUGCCAGUCGUAGCUAUUAAGUAGUAAAUGCCCAAUAAAAAAUACAAUACAGUCAUUAAUUGGAAUUGUGUAGUAAUGCGAAUAGGAAAUGUGUGUUCACCAGUAGGCAUGUCCCAAAACUCUGCUCAUCACUACUCAAAUUACACCAUCAGUACUGACUUACUACUCAUCUGUGUAGUAAAUAAGUAGUGAAACACGUAUUAUUGAGUAGAACUUAAAGGUACAUUUUCUUUAAUAUAUUUUUUUAUGCAGUUGUGGUGUGAUACACUGCUUUCUGGUGGUGACUAGAAGCAAUUGCUUAAUAGAAACUAUUACAAAUUGAUGGUCCUUGAAAAUAAAUAUUAGUGCUUGGAAAAAGUACUUGGAGUCCUUGAAUUUGACUUGCCACUGUCUGUACGAUCACUGGUCUGUCUGUGGCAGCCUUUAUAUUUCCUGUGGAAGUCACUCAUAAUCUAUCUACUUGCUGUAUACUGUCCACACCCAAACCUUGUAUUACUUUGCAAUCAAUGUGUGCUUUUAAUAAAUAGACAAGUAUAGAAUAACUUUUGAACAUUUGAAAUAUUGCACUUGUAACUGUAUCAGUGUGUGUGUGUGUGGUGACGUCUCUUUGACCUUUGCCCCCCUGUAGCCCUGAUGACCCUGGCGCUGACGCUGCUCCACACCUUCUGGGGCGUGGUGUUCUUUGAGGGCUGUGAGAGGAAGAGAUGGUGGGUGAUCGCUGUGGUGCUCUGUCUCCACCUGAUGGUCACCAGCCUGGUGAGUGUACACACACACACACACACACACGGUUGUUUUUUUAGCACAAAAAAAAACGAUGCGUGCGCAACUAUGGGGCAAAACAGACUAGGUUGCCUUAGAUUGUUGACAACAUGUAAACUAUAUUUGGUCUCCAAACAAAUACAUUUUCUCAAUGAGCACUUGUUCUCUCAAAUACAUUGUUACAGUUGUUGGUUAGCUAGCUAGCGAAUUUGAGCCAUAUUAGCAUCGACGUGAAAUCAGUCAAAACAACUCAAAACAUGGUAUCAAGAACAAGAUACAACUAGCUGAAACGAGCCACCUACGAUUCCCCACAUGGCAGCUUCUUGUCAUUAUUGCUAGCGAUCUGACCGUUCAGAAUCAUAACAAGCCAAGGCUUCCAGCCCCAUCGAAGCGCCGCACGUCAUUUUCGUGAAGUUGUCAGACAACCCGUCUAUAGACGCGCCCAAACCCAUGCCAUCAUGACAGAGUUGCACUAGCAUGAAUCAGUCACAGGAGGGAGUUGUUAGCUUAUAUUUAACAACUCUAUACCUGACUGUAUUGUCCAUUUUGAAGCGAUUAUCAAAAAAAAUACAACUGAAGACUAAAUGAGUUAAAGUUAUGAUGUUUGUCUUUAUUAAUUUCAGAAUUUGUUGAAUGGGUUCCUCAUGAAUCCUAAUUCUGUUUGUAGUCAACACCUUUAUAUGAUUAAUUAGACCGUUAACUUUGUCACCGCUCACUGCCAAUUCAUAUUUCUAGAGGUUGACACUACAUUUUAGAUGACUCGUCAAAUUUAAACUGGGGCCCAUGUUGUAGAUGAACAAUCUCCAGUCUCACAAAAAAAACCCAGCACUGUAUUCUGUCCAUAGGGUCACAGAAAGACGGUAACUCAUUAUAUACAUGCUGCUUACUUUGUUGCGUUUCAUGGCUGUAUGGAAGGCACUGUAUGCGUCCCAAAUGGCACCCUAUUCCCUAUAUAGUGCACUACUUUUUUACAAGGGCCCUGGUCAAAAGUAGUGCACUAUAUAGGUAGGGAACAGAGUGCCAUUUGGGACGUAGACACUUCGUGUUGGGCAAUGGGGGGGGGCCCCUUCUCCUUGACCAGAGAACCUGAGCCUGGACAUCUUUCCAGGACACUGCACAGGAAUGUUCUGUUCUCCCUCCUAUAAGGGAUUCUACUCAUCCAGGGGGAAGUUUUCCAGAUUUAGGAUCCGCUUCCCCUCCCCCCAAUCCUAACCAUUAGUGGCGAAACUGACCCAAGAUAUCAGCGUCUAGGGGCAACUUCACCCUUCACUGAUUCUACUGCAGGCACCGAAGGCUGUCGUUUACCAAGGGUUACAGAGCUCAUUAUAUUAAUGCUGCUACUACCUAAUGUGAUGAAUGUGGUCUGGGGCUCCAAUCAAAAUUGUUUUCAUGUCAUGCUUAGUACACUUGUUGGCAGACACACUUGUAAUUGCGUCAGAAUAAUUAUAAAAUAAGUCCCUGGCGUGCAAUGUGGGAAAUAUUACAGUCCAGGCCAUUUGACCACGUCAAAGACAGAAAAAUGGUUAAUGAAUAACUUCUGAAUAAAUUGUGACUUAUGAUUCUGUUUUAUCAUCCUGAGUGUGGCGUCUGCGUUCAUAAAAUAUGCAUGAAUAUUUGUUUUUCUUAAAAAGCAGUACAUUUAGCUUUUUAUUAAUAAUUUCCCACAAUAUGUGUAUAACCUCUGCUCAUACUAGACAUGCGUUUGGUGCUUAGCUAAUAAUCUGGGUCAUGCUCAGUAGGGAGAAAACGUUUUUAAAACCUAGUGAACUCUCAAAUACGAACAGGUUUUAAUUUGACAUUGCAAAAAAGUUUUGCUACAGUGUUCCGUAGUGAACACAGCCCUGAUUUCUUGAAUCUGGUGUCUCUGGUUUUCAUGAUAUCUCUCUUUUCUCGGUGCCAGUCUCUGUUGAACCCGUUCUACGUGGGCAGCGUUCCCCCGGUCUACGCCAUCAUGCUGCUGAUGGCUGUCUGGGCCUUCUUCUCCUCUGGUGGCUCCCUGCACAACAUCACUCUUCUCUGGACGUGUAAGACCCGCCUCAAGCCUAUCUGAUACAGCAGCUGUACUAAGCCCUGGGUCCUGUUCAUUAGGCACCAAACAGAAGAACACUUCCUGAAACAGGGAGGGACUACCUUAAGUUGUCCGAUAAGAAACCCCUCAUUUUUUUUUGUUUUUGGUUGCAAUAUGUUUUGUAGCGGUGUGCCCAAAUGAACACGGCUCUGUGGUUACCGGUCUGAAGGCUGCUGCUCCUCCCCAGGUCAUUGUUCUCAGUCAACUUGCCUUGUAAAAUAAGGGUUCAUUAAAAUGAUAAAUGAACCACCUGGCUGAAAUAAACAAUGAAACCAUUGAGGUUAUGUUCAUGUGGACUGGCACUCUUCUUGUAAUUAGAAUGUACCUCUAUUGGUUCAUAAAAGUGGGCCUGACGACACCGCUGUUAUAUAUGCAUAAGACUUACUUAAUACCCUUUCUACUGAAUUGAGUGUCCACUAUCACCAUGGUAAUAUUUGACAGAUGGGUGAUUGGUGCAGUCUAUGAACUAUGUUAGCUAUAAAGUUUGACCUUUACUAAGUAGAGCUAUAAAGUUUAACCUUUAAGUAGAGCUAUAAAGUUUUACCUUUACUAAGUAGAGCUAUAAAGUUUAACCUUUACUAAGUAGAGCUAUAAAGUUUUACCUUUACUAAGUAGAGCUAUAAAGUUUAACCUUUACUAAGUAGAGCUAUAAAGUUGGACCUUUUUACUAAGUAGAGCUAUAAAGUUUAACCUUUUUACUAAGUAGAGCUAUAAAGUUGAACCUUUAAGGAGAGCUAUAAAGUUGGACCUUUAAGGAGAGCUAUAAAGUUGGACCUUUAAGGAGAGCUAUAAAGUUGGACCUUUAAGGAGAGCUAUAAAGUUGAACCUUUUUACUAAGUAGAGUUAUAAAGGUGGACCUUUACUAAGUAGAGCUAUAAAGUUGGACCUUUAAGGAGAGCUAUAAAGUUGGACCUUUACUAAGUAGAGCUAUAAAGUUGAACCUUUUUACUAAGUAGAGCUAGGAAGUUGGACCUUUUUACUAAGUAGAGCUAGAAAGUUGGACCUUUACUAAGUAGAGCUCUAAAGUUUGACCUUUACUAAGUAGAGCUCUAAAGUUUGACCUUUACUAAGUAGAGCUCUAAAGUUUGACCUUUACUAAGUAGAGCUCUAAAGUUUGACCUUUACUAAGUAGAGCUCUAAAGUUUGACCUUUACUAAGUAGAGCUCUAAAGUUUGACCUUUACUAAGUAGAGCUCUAAAGUUGAACCUGUUUACUAAGUAGAGCUCUAAAGUUGGACCUUUUUACUAAGUAGAGCUAGAAAGUUUGACCUUUACUAAGUAGAGCUAUAAAGUUUGACCUUUACUAAGUAGAGCUAUAAAGUUUGACCUUUUUACUAAGUAGAGCUAUAAAGUUGGACCUUUUAUUAAGGAGAGCUAUAAAGUUGAACAUUUUACCAAGUUGAAACCGACGCACCAAACUGGAGUGAGGUGGUUACUGUGAGAGAUCCUCUCUCAACUGGUCAGGAGCACAUCAAAUCCUGAAAAAUUUGGUCACAAGUUUGGCCGUGGUCGGUCACUCAUUGUAUAGUCAGGUGGCGUUAAGACAACAUGUUAAUGUGUUAGUCUGUGACCCACCAGUCACCAAACAUACCAAGCUUGUGAUUUACUACCUAACCAGCAUAACUGGAUCAGGUCAAUGUCAUCUUAAUUAGAAAGUACUUCUUGACCCCCAACCAUACUGAGAGUUUUUUCUUUUGUCUGUCUGUUUUGCAGGUAGGAAAAGUAAUACGGAGACCUCGUCAUAAUUCACAUUCCAUGUUGAUUUCUCAGAGGUCAAAGGGCAAUAGGAGCUUCUAUCGCUGCAGUGCUGUGUACAAACCCAAGCAGCCAAUCAAGAGAUUACACCGUCUCCACAUCUCCACAUAAUACGGAUGGGCUGAAUCGGAGCCCAGAAACCAGCACUCCACUGACCUAUGGAGCUGACCAAGGGAAAUCCUUCAUACUGCAUAUAGCCUGAAUGACACUAGUUUACACACACUUAGGCACGUGUAAGAUCUUUUCAAUGCAAGGAAACAACCGUUUUAUUUUUUGUAACGUUUUUCAUCUCUUUGCUGAUUUUGAUUUUGUGUGGACUUUCAAUCGAUUCUCUCCCUCGCAUCAAGUAUUGAUCUUUGGUUUACUGAAUUAUGAUUUUGAUAUAUCAAAAAAAAACUCACGACUCACCAUGUAAAAAAAGUAAUGUAAUCAAUGGACAAUGUUAACUUUUUUUUUAUUUGAGCUAUGACAGUCUAUUACAAAUCAGUCUGACAGUAUUUCAAUCUG